GUUUUAUAGAGUAGUAGUGAGGGAGAGACAUGGCAAUGAGAUGUGGAAAAGUGCUUCUUGCCACAAUCUUGUGCUUGUUUCUGGGUGCGUCUAGCGCACAAGGCGAACUCGUAGAAGCGAUUUGCAAUACGUUGGCCCAAGUCAUUGUCAAAGACGAAGUUACGAAAGCCUUCAACGCCAAUUCGACCGUCGCCCCUGCGCUUCUUAGGUUGCAUUUCCACGAUUGCUUUGUCAGGGGCUGUGAUGGAUCGGUGCUCCUCGAUUCGACACCGGAUAAUACGGCAGAGAAAGAUGCGCCUCCCAACAAAACCCUUCGAGGGUUCGAGAUCAUAGAUGCCAUUAAACAACGGUUGGAGAAUUCAACCAUUUGCGCGGGGAAAGUUUCCUGCGCGGAUAUACUUACAUAUGCUUCGAGAGACAGUGUUGUACUGGCAGGAGGGCCAUUUUGGCCUGUCACUGCAGGGCGGAAGGACGGAAUUAUAUCCAGAGCAAAUGAGACGUCAGCCCUCCCUUCCCCCAGGCUAAACCUCACUGGGCUGCUUGCAAACUUCGCCGCCAACAAUUUGACAGAAGAUGACCUAAUCGCCCUCUCGGGAGCGCACACGAUCGGGCACGCGCAUUGCGGCUCAUUCAGCAACAGGCUCUACAGCUUCAACGCCACGACGCCACAAGACCCGAGCCUCAACUCGACCUACGCCGGUCAGCUCAAGGAGUCGUGCCCGGUCGGCAACCUGAACUCCACAGUGCCGAUGGACCCCGUAACUCCCGACAAGUUCGACACCACCUACUACAGCGACGUGCUGCUCAACGAAGGGCUCUUCCAGUCCGACGCCGCGCUCCUCUCGACGCCGUCGACCGCAGACAAGGUACGGCUGUACGCGGGCAACACGACCGCCUUCAACGACGACUUCGUGAACUCGAUAAUCAAGAUGGGGGCGAUCGCACCGCCCGCCGGGAGCUACGGAGAAGUGCGCGUCAACUGCAGAGUGGUUAACCCCCUCUGAGGAGUGUAACUCAAAAGAGCUUUUGGAUUGACGUAAUUGUAAUUUGGCUGUAAGUCAAAUUUUGUGAGACUCGACGUAUUAGUUCGGUGAUCGACCACAAUAACUUUUUCGAUAUAAUGUUUUUUAAAAGUGAAAUUAUUUGUUUUCGGAGAAAUUGAGUCCAACAUUGUUGUUGAUGAAUCUUCUCUCAGUCUAAUGCUUGAUAUAUAUGCAGCUUGAAUCACAUUUACGUCAAUCCAACAAAUGUUCGUUUCUUAUUAGUGUUGGCCAUUUUAUUCUAUCUACUUUUUUAGGUUUUCUCGGCGUACAACAAGUUGAUCCGGUGGUGAUUAUUCCCUUGUGUUCCAUAUAUACUUAUGUUCGGAUUUAUUUUAUUUUAUUUA